AAGUAAGCCAUGAGCGUACACUUGCACGUGGGGCAAUGUGGCAAUCAGCUAGGCGCCGCGUACUGGCGCUUGGCCACUGCUUCGGGCGAAAUUCACGACGAUAAGCGUAGUCAAGGUGACACUGGAGUAUCUCGGCACCUUCGUCGCGCCUCUGGAGGCUCCACAUCUACUUUAAACGGCUCCAAGAAGGCUGUAUCAUUGCCCAGGCCACUGUUUCAUCCGUCGACUGGAGCUGCACGCUGUAUUCUUGUGGACUCAGAGCCUAAAGUCGUUCGAUCUUUCAUGCAAGAGACCACUGAUGGUGCUACCGCUUUCGAACCCGCUCAUACACACGUAGAGCAGACAGGACGAGGCAACAAUUGGGCAAUGGGAUACUAUGGACCGAGGUUGAAGUCCCCAGCUCCAACCUUCACAUCGUUGGCUGUAGAUGACCGCAGAGAGCUGGUGGAGCUAGUCAUGGACUCAUUACAACGUGAAAUAGAGCGCGUGGACUGCUAUCAAGGCAGCGUAGUAAUGCAUUCUCUUGGUGGAGGAACAGGAUCGGGACUGGGCUGUCGAGUGCUGGAAAGCAUGAGGGAUACGUAUCCGAAGGCUUAUAUUUUGACUACAUCAGUGGCACCGUCUUGUACUAGUGGAGAUACGCCACUUCAAAACUAUAACGCCAUAUUGACCCUAAAGUGUCUGCAAGACGUUGCAGAUGCUGUAAUUUACAAGGACAAUGACGAGUUGUUACGAACAGCAAGUUACUGGAAAGCGGUGGUGCAUGAAAGAGUGGGAACUGAUAACUAUCAGAGGGUGUCUCUGGAGGAAGUGAACAGUAUGGCUGCGGCAGAUCUGGCAGGACUGCUGUUCCCAGUAGCAACAGGAGAUGCUAGCACUGUUCGACGGUUCAAUUUCGGCAAGUUGUUGCACGAUGUAUGCCCCAUGCCUGCGGCCAAGAUGCUUGAGGUCCGUUCCGGCGUAUGGAGAGAUCGUAUCGGAUCAGGUACACGCAGCAAAUUUCCUCCCAAGCCAUCAGUAGCUAAAACAGUCUCCUCAUCGACCUUGUUUCAUGCUCCGGUGGUCGCACAGUCGCGUAUGCUGUCGCGUCGACAUGAGCAUGUUGCAGACUUCGACGCGUCACUAGGUAUGCUCGAGAAGCUUGUGCAGCAGACAACAGCAUCUUUCCCACGAAAUUCAAGGACAACCAUAGCGUCAAGUACAGUAAUCCGUGGCUUCAACCCAGUGGCAUAUGAAGCGGAUCGCUUUACUGAAAAGCUUGGCAAGGUCGUGCAGACUGCAUUUCCUCCUGUGCCAUGGUUAGCAAACAUGCCGCAAGUCACGUUAUCUUACUCAAAGCCUGCACCAUUUUCAUCAUUGCAAGUACAGGCGUCUGUAACGAUCUGCGUGAAUAAUGGUCACUUCUUGACGAGUACGAAACGAUUUUUAGAGCGAGCUCAGCGCCAAUUCCAGGCGGGCGCCUAUGUCCACUGGUACAAACAACAUGGUAUGGAGGAUGCUGACUUUGAGACUGCGUUCGAUAAAUGCACCACGCUCAUAAAUGAAUACGAAACCUUCCUGCGGUGACUUGAGAGAAACUAGUACAUAUAUGGAGACUUCCGACGUCGAGUAUUAUCGUUGCAAAAUUCUUCUCAGAUGUUGGAUCUCGGAAGCUAGAGAGCGAAUUCGUUCCUUUGUGUGAAGCCAUCGCUUUGUGUGAAUGGCGUGCUGUUCCUCCAUUACACGGACAUUCGGCAUUAGUCGUGGGUUGGACUCGGCUUCUUCACGUAUUGCAUCAAGUUGCUGCUGAGAAGCCUUCCACUCCCUUUUCCGCUGACUUAGAGCCAAUAAUCGCCGCUCCAAGAUGUCUAAUUGUCUUGCUGUCGUAUUCGACAAAACUGGGUCACCAUCGCUUUCCAGAGAUGGCAUUACUGGGGUUGGAUGAGAUGAACAUUCACGUGUUGUGUGCUCUAUCAUAGUCACCUGAUGAGAACUGGCUGGCGUGCUCCUCGACGGCGAGUUUAAAAGAGCAAAUAGUUCAACAGGAAACUCAAGGCCACAUCGAACGACUUCGUUUGUGUUUGCGUUCUCGAUGACUCGUGGCAAGUUUUCAGUCUCUGUAGACAACAAAAUCUCGAUGGGUCUUCGAGGCUGCGGUCUGUUCCUCGGAAGCAUUACGAACUCUGAUAACGGAGAUCUAUCGUUCGUCCAGUUCGAUCUCCCAGUAUUAUCUGAAGCCACAUUUGCUUGUCUGAAUGUGUUCUCAUUCCACUGAGGCGCUGAGGGCUUCUCGUAUUGUGUGCGUUCUUUUUGUUGGUGUUUAGGUUGCCA